AUGGCGAUCUGUACUUAUAACGCACGUACGCUUGCAUCGGAAGCGGAAGAUCUGAUGAUGCAAGCCAAGAAGAUCAAGUACGACGUCAUCGGACUGACCGAGACGAGACGACGUCACCCUCUCAACGCCGUAUAUGAAACUGGAGAAGAACUGUUCUUAGGAACAUGCGACAGUAGAGGUGUUGGUGGAGUUGGCGUCCUCGUCAACACGAGUAUGGCAAAGAACAUCGACUCUUUUGAACAACUUACGACCCGAAUCGGACGUCUGCGGAUGAGAAGAUGUGGCCCAAUACCAGCUUUGACUAUCUUCGUCGUUUACGCUCCAACAUCAAGCUACGAAGAAGAAGAAGUCGAAGCUUUCUAUAUGGACCUGGAGAAGUUCUACCAAGAAGAUCAUGCCUUCUACAAGGUCAUAGUUGGCGAUUUCAACGCUAAGGUUGGCCCACGAAGAACGCCGGAGGAACUUCACAUCGGGGCCCACGGCCUACAAUGGAAUGACCAGGGAGAGAGGCUCUCCGAGUUCAUCAUGACGACUAAGACCAUCCAUGGGAACUCGCAAUUUCAGAAGCCCUCUUCUUUACGCUGGACGCGGGAGUCACCCGGUGGAGGGUACCGUAAUGAAAUAGACCACAUCAUCGUCAAUAAAAGGUUCUGCCUGACGGACGUCGGUGUUGUACCAAAGUUCUAUACGGGAUCGGACCAUCGCCUCCUCCGAGGAAGAUUUUCCUUCACAAGGAGAGCAGAGAAAGCCGCCAAGUUCAGAGAGAGAAAUCCCAGGACUACCAUCAACUGGGAUCUCUUCGCUACGCUAGCCGGCUUUUGGGAAGAUUCUGCAAUGGACAACAUCGACGAGGAAUAUGACCGGCUUGUCGAACACCUUCACGACUGCGCGAAGAAGGCUGAGACAGCACGAGCCGCAGGGAACCAAGAACUCACGUCCGAGCUCGCAAGGCUUUGCCGAGAGGCGAUAAAGGAAGACCUUAAAGAGAGAAGAGCAGAAGUGCUGGCUGAAGCUGCAGAGGCGGGGAAAAGCAUCCGCUAUGCCCGUCGAGACUUCGCCAGUCGCAAGACGAGGAUGACUGCUCUCCGGAACCCAAAGGGAACAGCCAUUGCAUCGAGAAGGGGGAUGGAGAAAAUCAUCCACGACUUCUACUCUGAUCUCUUCGACAGCCAUGUCCACUUGCCUCCUCACCAUCUGAGGGAAGAUGGACAAGUCAUUCCAGAGGUUCUCCCGUCCGAAAUACGACAUGCUAUCAUGUCGGUAAGAAAUCGUACGGCACCCGGUCCCGAUAGAAUAAGACCAGAACACCUGAAGAGCCUUCCGCCAGUACUCAUCAACACCCUGGCGAGGCUCUUUACACGUUAUCUGUCGGAAUGCAAGGUUCCUAAACAGUGGAAGACCAGCAAGACCAUGUUGUUGUAUAAAAAGGGAGAUCCACAUGACAUCGGCAACUAUCGCCCAAUCUGUCUACUGUCCGUCAUCUACAAGCUCUUUACAAGAGUAAUCCUUAAUAGGAUUGAAAAAGUCUUGGAUGAAGGACAGCCAUGCGAGCAAGCAGGGUUUCGAAAAGGAUUCAGCACGAUUGACCACAUUCACACUGUUUCGAAACUCAUCGAGGUAUCACGAGAGUACAAGAUGCCGCUCUGUCUCACCUUCAUCGACUUAAAGAAGGCUUUCGACUCGGUUGAGACGGAAGGGUCGUGGAAGCCUUGGACAACCAAGGCGUCCCUACUCAAUAUAUAA